UGGGGACCAGAUGAACUUCGCAGCUUUCGGAGACGUUUUUUUUUGUUAAUAAAUAUAUAUCUCAAGUCGGACUCUUGGCUAAUUGUUAAUGCUUCGUCGUGUAAGCCAUGUUAGCUGAAGCCCGGAGACAGCGCUGUUCGGCGUGUGUUGCUCCAUGGAAGCUGUCCAGCACAGGGACGGAUGUCAAAGAACCACGUCUCCCCGCCAGAAAACGCUGGCGAAGAAAAUCUUCCAGCCAAAGAACCUGCUUCUUAGGUCUGGAAACCAGACCAGAGCUGUUAUGGGAGGAUUGGGUACUUGGAAGGGAGUACACGAAGACACUGGUGUUAAAGAACACCCGUGACAAGAUGCAUAAGCUGCACGUUAGAGCUCCAGAGUCCAUGUUUUUCUCAACCUUGAAUCCUGAAGUAGUUGUUCUCAGCCCAGGGACUUCAUUCUCCUUACAGGUCACCUUUAGACCUCUCAAAAGGCGUGAGUAUAAGGACAGCAUUCAGUUUCAAGCUAAAGAGGGAAGCUUUCAAGUAAGCCUCCAUGCCGUGCUUCCAAGUCAUUCCCUGAAGGUCCCUGAAACGGUGGCGCUCCCCCUCUGUGCUGUUCAGCACUCCACACAAACCAGUUUCCCACUGAAAAAUCUCAGUAAGGUUCAGGUGUCAUUUAAGUGGGAUUGUGCAGCACCCUUCCAGCUCAUUCCAGAAGAAGGCCUUCUGAAACCUGGUCAGGAGUGUCUCAUUGUGGUGGACUUUCAGCCGCCGGAGGCACAGGUCUACCAGCAGCAGGCGCACUGCAGAUCUGGGGAAGAUGAUGACAAAGCUGGCUGCUGCAGCUCUGUGCUUCUACAGGGGAUAGCCAAAUAUCCUUAUCUUCAAAUAAGAAAUCCCAGUAACAAAAAGAAAAGCUGCCCUGGUGAUCCUGAGUUACACUUUGGCUCUGUGUCAAUUGGCCAGAGUUUGAGUAAGCACUUUGAAAUCUUCAACCCUUCGUCUGUUAACGUGUGCUUUUCUCUGUCACGGCUGCUUGGUGGGGCAGUUCUGUAUGGAUCAGACUUCAGUUGGGAUGUGCCCAGUGGCAAAAUCGCUCCAGGUGGAUCACUCCAAGUUUCGGUCACUUAUUCGCCCACCGUGGUUGAGAUCGUCUCUGUUGAGUAUUUGUCUCUGAAUUACAAGGGGGCGCUCAGCAAAACUCAGAUUAAACUCAUGGGAAAGUGUAUAGGUCCUGAAGUUUGUCUGUCCUCCUCUGUGGUCGACUUUGAAUGUGUUGAAGAAAGAGGAUCCGCAGUAGAAACACUGGAGCUCCUGAACUCCUCCCCUGUUCAGGCUGUCUACCAAUGGGAUAUAGACUGUUGGAACAGUGUUUUUGGUAUUUCACCAGCGAGUGGCGCUGUGCUCCCACAGGGCCGCAUCAAAGUCAAGGUCCUUUACAGACCCACGCAACCAAUGGCACAUCACAGAAGAGUGGCAUGUCUCAUACUCCACAGGGAGCCUCUGUUUCUGGACUUGAUUGGUACGUGUCACUCGGCGGUUCAGCGGCCAGCGAUAUUAAAACCCGAACACUUGGUUGUGUUCAAGCAUCAGUGGUCACCAGGCUCUGUCCGGGACUUGCCGCCAGAUCACAAUACACUGCCGGACCAACAGGGGGAAUCAAACAGUGACCCUGUCAUUCCGGACACGCCCAGAGAAAAAUGCAAUGAAAUGAACACGGAUCCUCUCACCUCUCCAUCUCUUCCAUUUGUAACUAUUGAACCAAGUGAGCUACUGUUUAACCACAAAGCAACGUCCACUGCGUCUACCUCAUCUGCUCUGUCGCAGUGUGUUUCCAUUACAAACCACGCCAAAGGCAAACUCAGCCUGAUGUGGACUGUUGUCCAAGAUUCCCCUUUUUGUGUUGCUCCUUCGUCAUUUGAGUUGGCCCCACUGAAGUCUACCACAGUGCGUGUGACGUAUGAGCCCAACCAGAUCAAUACCCUGCAUGGAGGAGAGCUGGAGUGCUUUGCAUAUUACAAGAAGCCACAGGAUGAUCCUGAAACAGGACAACAACGUCCAUGUCUGCCCUGGUGUGUAACUGUCAGAGUCAUUGGCCACUCAUUUCAGCCGGACCAAGAGCAUUUCACUCCAUGCUGCACUUUGAAUCCGCAUCAAGUGGUGUUUCCAGCUCGGAGGGGUAUUUCCUAUCGGACCGUUCUACUGCAGAAUAAUGGAGAUCAGCCUCUCACCUUCUGCCUGAACCAGAGACCAAAUGACGCUUUGCCUAAAUCUGUGCACAUGUUGCCUGGCUGUGGUUUGGUGCAGCCAGAAAAACAUCAAAUCAUUACCAUCAGAGCAGUCCCCACAGAGGACAGCCCCAAGCAGGGUUCCAGUUUACCGCUGCAGCUCAAUGCAACUAAAUCCACAAAGGAACUGAGAGUUGUGAGGGUUUUACAAAAGCCAAGCGUGUCUUUGGAAAGUGGCGGCAGUUUAUAUUUCCACCCGACAGCUGUCGGCUCGAGAACCCAGCGCACCCAUUCCAUCAGGAACUUAAGCUGCUUGCCCGUCAAGUUCCAGUGGAGCAUUUCAGAGACGGAGCGGAGGCUUAUCUUUGUCGAACCAGAUGCUGGCGAACUGCAUCCCAAUGAGAGCUCAGUUCAGACGUGGUCCUUCAGCCCUCUGGAAGAGAAAACGUACACAUUUAAACCUACUCUCAGCUUCCACAGCGAUGACUCUGACAAGUUUCACCUCACCAUAGAACUGAUCGGCAUGGGCUCAGCAGCCUCCGUUGAGGCUGGUAAAGAGGUCCUGGAUGUGGGAGAGAUCUUAGUUGGAAGAUGUCGCUCAGUAGAGAUUCCCCUAGUCAACAACAGCCCCUGCCCCGUCUCUUUUCGUCUCUCUGCACAACGUAUGCUCGCAGAAAAUUCUUCUGAUUCUGAAGAGGACAGUGCCCUGCAUCUGGACUGUGAAACGGGAACGGUCGCUUCACAUUCCACUGUGCUGCUCCAUUCCAUCCUCAGACUUUGCACACAAGCCCAGUGCCUCUGGGCCGUCAACUACCAGAUAUUAAAUGCCAGUGGCUUGGGUUCAAGUCCUCCUCAGAAACUGUGUGAAGUGCGAGCUCAGGGGGUGUACCCCACCUUACAGGUGACUGACGCAUGCAGCGGUGGCAGCGUGGCCAGGCUCUGCAAGCAAGAUUUGUGGACACUCUUCUCAUUAGACAGCCUUAAUGAGCAACUGCUUUCCACCCCAUCUGCUAAAGAACGUACGUUAAAAACUCCCACCAAGCACAGUCUGCGAAAUAGUCCCUCCAUCUUGACCAAGGUCAUGGUGGAUUUUAAGUUUGGUGUUGCUCCUCUGAAUUCGGAUCCCUCAGAUUUCAUGUUGAUGUUUCGCAACCCGGGUUCCAUCCCUGUAGACUGGGCAUUCUUAUUUCCAGAGGACCAACAGAUGGAGCUGGAGGAAUGGGCGGUGACAGGAGAGUUUAGCAGCACAGACCUGCACCAAAUGAAGGUUCAAGACAAUCAACUCUUCAGAGUGUCCCCUCGCUCUGGAACUUUGCUUCCUGGCCAGAAGAGGGCAGUACACUUCAGCUACAGCCAUGACUUCAUGGGAACUGACCGACUUCCUGUUGUGCUCAAGCUCAGUUUUGGCAGAGAGAUUAUGCUAAACUUUGAAGGAGUGACCUUGAACCGAGAUGAACCAUAUCUCCACUUUGCUUCCAAUCAACAUGUAUUCACGUCUGUAGCUAUUGGGGACCCCAGUCCUCCACGACAGAUGUACGAAUUGUACAAUGGUGGGGCAGCGGCAGUACAUUAUGAAGUGGACCAAGCCGUGUUGUCACAGCUUCGGAUGGAUAACUAUAAUCACCCCGUCUUGAGAUGCCUCAGUCCACAAGGAGACGUUCUCCCUGGGAAUAAAGCCACAAUCGAAUGGAUCUUCUCUCCACUUGAGGCUAAGAUGUACCAUAUGGAUGUUCCUAUCCACAUCCAGAACAGCGAUUCAGUAAUUAUAAAGUUUGUGGGAUGUGGGAUUGCUGUGUCAUCAACCAUUUCCUCUAACCUCAUUGAGUGCAGUGAUAAGGCUCCUGAACAUGGCGCCCAGAAGGCGCCGUUCCCAGGACAGGCGGCCUUCUUGUCCGAGGACAGUGUUUCUUUUGGUGAUAUCCCAGUUUUCACGAAGUCUUCGAGAAUCUUCUUCCUCACCAGUUUGUGCCACACAGACACUCUUCACUAUGUCUGGGAGAUUCCCAAGCAGCACAGCCAAGAGGUGGUACAGAUCCAUCCAGAGCGAGGCUGUCUUGGUCCAGGAGAGUGUGCUAUUUGUGUCCUGACCUUCAUUUCUGAUUACCCCACUGUCUAUCGGCUAGACCUCAUAUGUCAGAUUACUCAGGAAGCUGCACUCGUCCGCUAUCACAGCGCCUCACAGCACUGGGAGGCAGAAAAAAAACGCCAGCAAGAGGAAUUCAUAAUCACAGACAAGAGCGCCGCCGACCGUCCAAGAGUUUUAGUAGAUGAGGCACCUCUGGGUCCUCCUGCAAGAAAAGAGUCGCCCCUCAGAAAGUACAAGACUCUCCCUCCUAUCUGUACCAGCAGCAGCGAAGCAGUCGGCCGUUUGUGGGCCAAACCAACUAGAGCUGAGAAACGACUGCAGCGAGAAGCCGCUCAAGUAUGGAGGCGGCCCCAGCCCCCCCGACCUGCUCUGCUACACCUGACUGUGACGGCCCACUCCCAUGAUCCUCGGGACUACUUCACACAUUUUCCUGAGCAGUACAAUAAGCAUUACAGGUACUCAACCAGGACCCAGAAAAGUGGACCCAAAUCUUCAAGCACGUCCCUUCCUGCUGAUCCAUUUUCAUCGACACAUGGCGCUGAGAGAGAUAUCCUCAUGGACAUACUUGCACCUCUUUACAAAAAUCUGCUUGACGAUGCAGCUUUUGCCCAGUCUCUGAUGGCUUUAGCCUCCGAGCCUCCGGUCUACAGGCCUCACACCUCUUCAUACCCCUCCGCCAUUCCUCCAUCGGCGGACGGAGAAGGAGCCGCUGGUGGUUUAGAGACAGUUCCCCAAAGCCAGGCCUCACCAGGUUCUGAGCGCGCUCCUGUUGAAGUGAUCGAGGCCAUUUUGUUGAACACGCUCCAGAACAUAAUGAUGGAGGCUGCGAGAGGAGAGCUGGCCCUUACAGCGCACCCCCGCACCAUCAUGCUGCCCCCUUCCUCAGUGAGGAGCGGGCCGGCCUUGGCUGAAGAGGACCAGCAGAGCCUCGGCUAACAACGGCUACCCAUCAUCCAACAGGCCAAAAUCUCUCUGCUGCUUUAUUUUAGAUCCAACUUUUGUAAAAUCACCAUCUUUUUUUUCUUCAUAUACAUCUCAACAAAUAUGAAUUAAAAUUUUGGAUUGCAGGGAAUUGGUUGAGAUGUACUUUUGAUACUUGUAAAACAUGAAUUUAGCAGAUUCUUUUAUGAGAAGCCACUUACAAAUGACACUUGUGCAAAAGCAAUGAGAGCAUUAAUGUUUGCGCUAAAUUAAUCACACACGUUAUCACCUGGUCUCAUUGGUAACAUGAGGAAAUUCCUUUAAUGGAAGAUAGCACCAAUAAUAUUUGGUGCUGCUGUAAAAUGUAAAUAUUUUUUAGUCGUCUACACUGGAUCUCUAUGAAUGUAUCAGCUUUACCUCUUUUUAAACGGCACACCCAAUACCGGAUUAGCCAAUAAUCUCAGCGAUUUUCUUAUCUAAUAAAAGGGAAGAUUUCCACAUUUUUAUUUGUUACCACCACAAACAUUAAUACUAAAGCUAAGAGACUUACAGUACCUCUGGAGGAGUUGCAGAGGUCCACAGCUCAGGUAGGAGAACCUGUGUACAUAACUAUUGCUCAUACAUUUCACAGAGCUACAAUUUUGGAAUAAGUGUCGAGAUGAAAGCCACUGUU